CGUUUUCUCUCGCGUGUUUCAAACGAAGCAGAAGAAGAAGGUCUUUCUUAUCAGCGCUAUUGGUCAAGGUGGUUGGGCUGUAUCUUAAGUGGACAAUGGCUGAAGGCGAACCUAAAACGAAAAAAAUCAAAUUGGAAGAAAACAAACUCAGCCAAAAUGCACUCUUUGGGAUGGGCAACCCCCUGCUGGACAUCUCUGCUGUGGUGGACAAGGACUUCCUUGACAAGUUUGGACUGAAGCCGAAUGACCAGAUACUGGCCGAGGACAAGCACAAAGCGCUCUUUGAGGAAAUAGUCAAGAAGUUCAAGGUGGAAUACCACGCCGGAGGCUCCACUCAAAACUCCAUGAAAAUCGCCCAGUGGAUGAUCCAGGAGCCCCACCGGGUGGCGACGUUCUUCGGCUGCAUCGGCACGGACAAGUUUGGCGAGAUCCUGAAGAAGAAGGCGGAGGAGGCGCACGUGGACGCGCGGUACUACGAGCAGGACGAGGAGCCGACCGGAACCUGCGCCGCCUGCAUCACCGGCGACAACAGGUCUGGAAGACCUGUUCUAGACUUCCAUAGAACUGACAGGUCCCUGGUGGCUAACCUGGCCGCAGCCAACUGCUACAAGAAGGACAAGCACCUGGACCUGGAAGGGAACUGGAAGCUGGUGGAAAAAGCCAAAGUCUAUUACAUUGCAGGUUUCUUCCUGACCGUGUCCCUGGAGUCCAUUCUGAAGGUGGCCAAGCACGCCUCGGAGCACAACAAGAUUUUCAGCAUCAACCUCUCCGCCCCUUUCAUCAGCCAGUUCUUCAAGGAGCAGAUGAUGCAGGUCAUGCCGUACGUGGACGUCCUGUUCGGGAACGAGACGGAAGCCGCCACUUUCGCGAGGGAGCAGGGCUUUGAGACGGAGGAUAUUGAAGAGAUCGCGAAGAAAGCUCAGAACCUUCCCAAGGUGAACAAGAAGAGGCAGAGAGUCGUCGUCAUCACGCAGGGGAAGGACGGCACCAUUUUGGCCGACGGUGAUAAAGUGUCCUCCUUCCCCGUGCUGGAGAUAGACCCCAGUGACAUAGUGGACACUAACGGUGCUGGCGACGCCUUUGUCGGAGGGUUCCUGUCGGAGCUGGUCCAGGAGCGGCCCGUGGAGCAGUGUGUCCGCGCGGGGCACUACGCCGCCAACGUCAUCAUCCGCCGCGCAGGGUGCACUUUCCCCGAGAAGCCCAACUUUCACUGAUGUCCCGAGAAACAGACUCCGCCCCCAAAAAACAGGCUCCUCCCUCACAAUGCUGCAACAUCCCCCUGUUUUAUUGUGCAGGACUCCCAACUAAACAACUUUCUGAACUGAUCAUCUCUCUCUCCCCCCUCCCUCCUCUCUCUCUGUUGUUCUGCCUGCUUUGAAACUGUUCAGCCCCUUAUUAAUCUGUACAGUCACCAAGUUGUUUACUAGGACCCAACUGCCUGCUUCCUAAAUUACUUAAUUUUAUCAGAAAUAUUUUUAAAUAAUUUAAAUCAUUUUUUUCCACCUCAGCGCUCUGUGGUGGAAGUCGAUGUUAGUGAAAAGUGUUAAUUAAUGCUAAUGUGUGUUUGGCAAGUCCAUUCAUGCAGCCGCAUUAGGAAAAGAAAAAUGACAGGAUGAUUAAACAGCGAAGCAGCGCUAACUGGGAAAUUAAUGAUUUGAGUUAGUCAGAAUUAGACAUGCAGAGAACUUGCACAGAAGUGUGUAUGCAGGCAGUCCUCCCUGUGAUACACCAGGCCGACGCCCGGAACACACACGAACGGUUCUGUGGAUUCUGAGACGGACUGAGAAUAAAGGGAUUAUUCUCCACAUCUAUGCCAAUAAAACCUUGAUUUGGUAAAAACCA